AAAGCCCAAACCCGCAUCUACGUUCUACUCCCACUCGCGGUCGCGGUAGCCGGCGGCGGCGGCGGAGGAAAGCAGGCAGGCCAUGGCGUCGUCGUCGUCGUCGACCCCGGCGGCCGUCCGCGAGAUGCAGAAGGAUCUCGAGGUCCAGGCCAACGCCCUCAGCAAGAUCCAGAAAGACAUCGCCAAGAACCACCAGGUCCGCAAGCAGUACACCAUCCAGGUCGGCGAGAACGAGCUCGUCCUCAAGGAGCUGGAGCUGCUCAGCGAUGGGGCCAACGUGUACAAGCUCAUCGGACCGGUGCUGGUCAAGCAGGACCUCGCUGAGGCCAAGGCCAACGUCAAGAAGCGCAUCGAGUACAUCUCCGCAGAGCUGAAGCGGAUGGAUCGGGCGCUCAAAGACUUGGAGGAAAAGCAAAACAGCAAGAAGGAAUCGAUAUUCAAGUUGCAGCAGAGGAUGCAGGCUGUACAAGCUAAGGCUUAGACAACUGUUUGUUGGUUGCAACUAGUCCAAGGCCAUGCUUCAUUUCAUCCCAAUUCCCUCCAGGUUUUUUUUUGUGGGGAGGAAUCAGGUGUCUGAUGUUCUCGUCUCCACAACGAAAAAGAAAGAAAAACGGUUCCUAGUGAAAUACUAGGCUAUUCUGUAUGCCCUAGUAUAAAAGUGUGCCUCUAGUAGAACUGUAGAAGAUGUAGUUAUCAGUAUCUCUUUUGUAUUAUUGGCCCAUGUUUACUUCUCAAUCGAAUAUUUAUGCGAGGGAUGUUUGUCAA